UUGUGCUCAUUCGCCCGAAAUUUAGCAAAACCCGCAAAUUGACGGCAUCAUGGCACCUGUAGAUAGUUCUCCAACGACAAAUAUGAACGGUUUCGAAUUGAUUUCCUCGAUAAAAUCAAACGAUACCAUUCCAGUUCACAAAUACAAGUCCUCGAGAACCGGAAUAACAGUUUUCAUCGCUGAAGUUGAUGGCCCAGUAGUUGGGGGAUACUUCUGCAUCGCAACUGAAGCAUUCGAUGAUGACGGCCUCCCCCACACCCUGGAGCAUCUCGUCUUCAUGGGAAGCGAGGACUAUCCCUACAAAGGAGUCCUGGACCUUCUGGGUAACCGUUGCCUGGCUUCAGGUACAAAUGCCUGGACCGACACCGAUCACACAAACUACACCAUAACAACAGUUGGAAGCGAGGGCCUUCUCACCUUGAUGCCAAUAUAUCUGGACCAUAUUCUGUUCCCCACACUGACGGACACUGCCUUCCUGACGGAGGUCCACCACAUCAACUCUGAGGGUGAGGACGGUGGAAUAAUCUACUGUGAGAUGCAGAACAAAGAGAACACUGGGGAGAGCCUGUCCUCAGUGGAGCUCAUUCGCUCGAUUUACCCCGGGAAAUGUGGUUACAAGUCGGUGACAGGGGGCCUCCUGAAAAAUCUGAGGGAGAGCACAAGUAACGAGAAAGUCAAGGCAUUUCACAAGGAGUACUACAGACCAGAGAAUUUGACCAUCAUACUAACAGGCCAGGUGCAGCACGCAGAGGUCUUCAAGGCCCUUCGCCCCCUGGAGGACAAGAUAAUCUCAAGAGGUAGUGGAGGACCUUUCCAGAGACCCUGGCAGAGUGCAGUGCCCCCUUUCCCCGCAGAUACUGAGCAGGACAUCCUGUACCCCUGCGAUGACGAGGAUAAUGGCCUCGUGUCAGCUGGAUGGAGGGGUCCCUCUGGAGUCAGUGAACUCUACGACCUGACAGGCUGCUCCCUCCUCUUGAAAUAUCUCACUGAUAACUCAGUGAGUCCUUUGCAAAAAGAAUUCGUCGAGAUCGAGGACCCCUACGCCUGCAACGUGGACUUCUGCCUAAUUGAAAACUCAGUAUCGGUCCUUUAUCUGAUGUUUCGUGGUGUUCCUCUUCCAAAGAUUCCCCUGGUGAAGGGCCACUUGAAGCAAGUACUGUCAGACGUCUGCAAAAAUGGCAUCGACAUAAAACGAAUGGCCACUGUUAUUCACAGACAUCAGCUGGAGACCCUGAGUAAUCUGGAGAACAUGCCUCACGAUGCUAUCGCUUUUAUGUUGAUUGGUGAUGCUCUUUAUGGACGCGAUAACAAGGACCUGGAGCAGAGGCUGAAUGCCAUCGAGAUUUUGAAGAAGCUGGCAGCCGAGGAGGAGUCUUACUGGAUAAAUCUUCUCAAGAAGUACCUCAUCGAGGCGCCAAUGGCUGUGGUGAAUGCCAGGCCCAGUGUCGAGAAGCAGAAAGAAAUCGCUGAGGCUGAGCAGCAGAGAUUCAAGGAUAGGAAGAAUACACUGGGAGAAGAAGGACUCAAGCAGAAGGAGAAGGAUAUUCAGGCAGCAGUUGCAAAGAACGAAGCACCAAUUCCCGACGAGGUCCUCACGUGUGUCCCAGUCCCAGGGACAGAUUCCAUUAAUUUUCACAAUGUCAGGAGCUUCGUUUGCGAUGGGAACGAACAACAUCCACGAUUCGACCUCAAGAAUAUUCCUCUUUACACUUGUCUAGAUCACGUUAACACCAAUUUCGUGUAUCUCUUCGUAGUGAUGAAUACAGCUGGGCUCGUCCAAGAGUCCAGGCGUUAUCUUCCCCUGAUUCUCGAAGCCAUUGGAGAGUGCCCCAUCGAGAGAAAUGGAACUCUCAUUCCUUAUGAGGAUGUUGUCGCUGAGAUCGAGGCUGAUACCAUCGCUGUCGAUUCCAGGAUGGGCUUCGAGGGUGUCUCCAAAUUUUCCUGUGGGGCCUACAGCCACAGUGUCAAUCUCAUGCUUCAGAUAGAGAUGUCCAAGUACGCUAAAGGGAUUCAGUGGAUCAGGGAGUUGCUUUAUGAUACCAAGUUCAAUCCCGAGAGACUGAGAAUCAUUGCCUCUAAAAUGCUGAACGAGAUCACAAUCUGCAAGAAAAAGGGACACAAGAUCUGUGGGGAUCUUAUGAGAGGGCUGAUGUUUAAUAAAGAGAGCAAUCAUUUCAAUGCCAGUUUGAUGAGACAGCAGAUGUUCCUCACGAAAAUAGUGGAGAAGCUGGGUAGUGAUGGUCAGGCUGUCGUUGCUGAGAUCGAAAAAAUUGUCAAGAGCUUGACUGAUGGAGGAAAUGUUCUUAUUUAUAUCGCAACGAAUGUAGAUAAGCUGAAAAAUUACGUUAAGGAUCUUUACAGCCCUUGGAAUGUCCUGCAAGUGAAGGAGGCCGAGAAGAAGAAGUUGCAAAUCCUCCCCGAUUGGAAGCUCAUCAACUCUAAGGAGGAAAUAAAGCUCCAGGGAUGUGUUCUGGGGCUGGGAUGUGUCGAUUCAGCCUUUUUGUCACAAACUUGCGCGUGUAUCAAUGACUUUGAACAUCCGGACUUGGCACCUCUCCUCGUUUGCCUGCAAUAUCUUACGCAAUUGGAAGGUCCAAUGUGGAAACAAGUUCGUGGUCAAGGUCUUGCUUAUAGCUUUAAUAUUUGCGCUAGACCUAACGAGGGCCUCAUGUAUUUAACUUUCUACGCAUCUGCCAAUAUCGUUGGAGCGUAUAAGGAGACUAAAGCAAUUAUUGAAAGCCAUAUUUUGAAUGACUUGUGGGAGAGAACGCUCUACGACAGUGCCAAGUCCUCUUUAAUCUUCGAAAUCGUUGAGAGAGAGAAGAGUGUUGGAGAUACAGUGUCUCAAUCUUUGCUAUCGUACUUCAAGAACGUCUCUCAUGAUUACAAUCGUCAAAUGGUUAAGAAGAUUUACACAGUUGGCUUCAAGAGCUUGAGUCAAAUGGCCAAGAAGUAUAUCAAACCUCUCUUCGAAUCUGACCACUGCAGAACUGUUGUUGUCUGUCAUCCAUCCAAGAUCGCUGAAGUAUCUGAAGCAUUCAAAAACUACAGCCAGAAUCUCGAGAUGUAUACGUCUCUAGAAAAUAGUUACCUCAACACCUGGUGAAUGCAUUCAACUCCUUCAACAAAAUUUGCUUAAAAACCUCGAGUGUGGGAAAAUGUACAAAACCAAACGUAUUACGCAGGUGCUUCAUGAUUAUGAUUAAAAAUCAGAUGUCAUGAUAAGUAUCACACGUGCCAUACGUGGAGAGAAAAAAAUGCAAAGGAGUUUUAAUUAUUGUAGCAUUUAAUGAGAUUUGCACUUGCCGAGCACAGACUGCUGAAUAUUUUUGAAGGAGCCAAUUAUUUAUACACUGAGCAUUUAAAUUUCAGCGUCUUAUAGGAAUUGAAGGAGUUAUCGAUAUCAUAUGCACUGGUCCUAAUUAAAUUUUCUAGGAGUGAAUUUCUAUUUGAAUUAAUUUUUAUAUAUGUUAAUGAAUCAUUUAUAUUGAAUGCUAAUUGCCGAUUGAAAUACAAAACUAAAUUGAAAGUAUAA